AUGCAUCGUCGAUCUGAUCAGCACCGAUUCCUCGCGAUAGGUAGUAGAUGGUAUGGAUUCCGAGACUCAGUCUCCUCAAAUUCGCAAGCCCACGAAGAGAACAAGGCAAGGCCUGCUCCAGCUGGGGCUUUUGGAGUUCCUGUUGAUGGGAGGGCUGGUGCAAAGACCGAGAGUAGGGUCGAAUGUCUCUGGCAGUGGGAUUUCGGCCUCGACAUCCAAAUCCAGAUCUAUCAAAGAAUUGGCAUGCCAGAGGAGCGCCCGGAAGACGUGAUCCGGGCUGAACAUGCUUAG